GAGCCAAACAAGGCCUGGGUGAACACGCUUUAAACACGAUUCUUUCACUGUAGAUGAUAGAAAGACAAAUAAAUUAGAAGAGGCGAAGGAAUCAGAAAACACAGCGAUUAGUUGCACAAGAUAUGUAUCAUCCAACAAGAGGUGGAGUUCGUGGUGGUCGAGAUCAAUUCACUUGGGAUGAUGUAAAAGUUGAUAAGCAUAGGGAGAACUAUCUUGGUCAUAGUAUCAAGGCCCCGGUUGGAAGAUGGCAGAAAGGAAAAGAUCUUUUCUGGUAUGCUAGAGAUAAAAAGUCGCAAAAUGCAGAAAUGGAGGCUGCAAAAGAAGAAAUAAAAAGAAUUAAGGAAGAGGAGGAGCAGGCAAUGAGGGAAGCUCUUGGCUUAGCUCCUAAGCGAGCUAACCGUCCCCAAGGCAACCGACUUGAUAAACAUGAGUUUUCAGAACUGGUAAAGCGUGGGUCUACAGCAGAGGACUUAGGUGCAGGUCAUGCUGAAGCAGCAAGGGUUCAAGGUCUUGGUUUUGCAAGAGAACCACGCCCUUGGGAAGAACCCGGUUCUUCAAAGCUUCCAAUUAGUGAUACACCGGCUGAGGAGCAAAAUGUAUCAAUGCCAAAUCAACCAGCAACGAAGACUGAAGAUGAUUCAGAAGAUGAAGGUAGAAGAAAGAGAAGACGUGAGGAGAGGAAGGAAGAGAAACGUGAUAAGCGUGAGAAGCAUCGUUCCCAUGAGGAGAGGAAGCACGAGAAGCGUGAGAGACAUGAGAAGCGGCAUUCUCGUGAUUCAGAUGACAGGAAGAGACAUAGGAAAGACAAGAAGAGGAGACAUGAUUCAGAUUGAAUAUUCCCUCUUGAGUUUUCUCAGUAUCUUAUGUGAAUUAGCAUGUUUAUGCUAGUUUCAUGGCUCUAUGGAUGGUUAUCUUGGUAAUUGACAAUCCUAAAUGCCUGCACGUUGGUACGAACAAUCAGGCAUUCUUAUGUGGUUUUUUAAAUUUGGAAUUCAUGAUUAAGGGAAAUGAAGCCAAUUAGGCUUAGAAAUUGGGAGUGUUCUUGAUUCGGGGUAAAAAUUUAAUUGAAGUAUGCCAUAGAUUAUUCGCCAACCAAAGCAUAACCUGUCACAAGUAAUUGAGGCCUACCAGUAAAGGUUUACUAAGAAUAAAAUUCA